AGCGGCAGCCGGGGUAUCAAUAUUUUUGAAAACUGCCUGAAUAACUCCAACGCCCAAGCAAGUCAAGGACCCCCACGGAUUCAACGCCGCGACCAGACUGGAAAAGGUGUAAGUUGGUGCUGCUUGUUCGCGUCCCUGUUUGAUUGAACGACAGUCUAUCCCACUGGGAAAGGAAGGUCGUGGCUGGAUGUCACUACGGACGCUCUCUGACCCAGGCCACCUUCACCACUCACCCCCACACUCACAUACUGCUGCUGGAACAGGCACCUGGCUGUCCCCAGGGGCCGGGGGUGGUCUGUGAACCUCAGCCAGAGCCCUUCAUUGGUUGGUCGACAACUUCUGCAUUUGCGAAGGGUGCAGCGUCCCUCGCUGUCUCAUGUAUGAGAUUUACGUGGAGACCUGUGGGCAAAACACUGAGAACCAAGUCAACCCGGCCACCUUUGGGAAGCUUGUGAGAUUGGUUUUUCCGGACCUUGGCACUCGGAGGCUGGGCACUAGAGGAAGCACCAGGUAUCAUUAUGAUGGAAUCUGUAUCAAGAAAAGCUCUUUCUUCUAUGCCCAGUAUUGCUACCUGAUAGGUGAAAAAAGGUAUCACAGUGGAGAUGCCAUUGCCUUUGAAAAAUCUACUAAUUAUAACAGCAUUAUCCAACAAGAAGCAACAUGUGAAGAUCAUUCACCGAUGAAGACAGACCCAGUUGGAUCCCCUUUGUCUGAAUUCGGGAGAUGUCCAUUUUUGGAGCAAGAACUGGCAAAGAAAUACUCCUGUAAUAUGAUGGCCUUCCUUGCUGACGAAUACUGCAACUAUUGUCGAGACAUUUUACGAAAUGUGAGGAACCAAGAACUUGAGAGGGUGGAGGACUUGCUUACUUCCUUCUGGAAGUCUCUGCAGCAAGACACAGUCAUGCUGAUGUCAUUGCCUGAUGUGUGCCAGCUCUUUAAAUGCUACGACGUCCAGCUGUACAAGGGAAUUGAGGAUGUUCUCCUUCAUGACUUCUUGGAAGAUGUUUCUAUUCAGUACCUGAAAUCUGUGCGGUUAUUUAGUAAGAAAUUUAAGCUGUGGCUUCUUAGUGCUUUGGAAGGUGUCCCAGCCCUCUUGCAGAUCUCCAAACUCAAAGAAGUUACUCUAUUUGUCAAAAGACUAAGAAGAAAGACGUACCUUUCCAACAUGGCUAAGACUAUGCGAAUGGUAUUGAAAAGUAAGAGGCGUGUCAGUGUUUUGAAGUCAGAUCUGCAGGCCAUCAUCAAUCAAGGCACUUUGGCUACUUCUAAGAAAGCCCUGGCAAGUGACCGGAGUGGUGCAGAUGAACUGGAGAACAACCCAGAGAUGAAAUGUUUAAGAAACUUAAUUUCUUUGCUGGGAACAUCAACAGAUCUCAGGGUAUUCCUCAGCUGUCUGUCUUCACAUCUGCAAGCAUUUGUGUUCCAGCCAAGCAGAAGCAAAGAAGAGUUUAUCAAAUUGGCCGCCAGCUUCCAGCUGAGAUGGAAUCUUCUUCUCACUGCUGUGAGCAAAGCCAUGACCCUCUGCCACGGAGAUAGUUUUGGCUCCUGGCAUCUGUUUCACUUGCUGCUUUUGGAAUAUGUGAUUCAUAUACUUCAGUCAUGCCUAGAGGAGGAAGAGGAGGAGGAGGACAUGGGGAAUGUCAAGGAAAUGCUACCAGAUGACCCGACUCUCAGCCAGCCAGAUCAGGCACUUUCCCACCCUCUGAAUUCCUCACUGUCGCAGGCGUGUGCCAGCCCCAGCGUGGAGCCACUGGGGGUGAUGCUGACACACAUGGGCCACGGCCGAUAUCCCGUGGGUGUGAGCAACAUGGUCCUCAGGAUCCUGGGCUUCUUGGUGGACAGUGCCACGGGCGAUAAGCUCAUCCACGUGCUGUUGGAAGAUGAAACCACCGAAAGCGCAGUUAAACUCAGCCUUCCUAUGGGACAAGAAGCCCUCGUAACCCUAAAAGACGGACAACAAUUUGUGAUUCAGAUAUCAGAUGUACCCCAAAGCUCUGAAGAUAUUUAUUUCAGAGAAAGCAAUGCUAAUGUGUGAGAUUAUUUAUUUGAAUAGAGAAUAAGAAAACUGAUAGACUUGCAUUCUUAAAAAUAUUAAAUACUAAAGUUUUUCUAUUGAUGAAAGACGAUGUUAUGUAUAUAAUAGAUGUAGCAUUGUCUAUUUUAUGUUUGUAUGUAUUUCAAGGAGGUGGUUUUGAUAAAAUAUAUAAACUGAUUUGGAGAAUAA